AUGAACGGAACCCCUCGACUCAACGGCGUCAACGGUCACCCCAAAGAUAACCGCUCGCACUCGCCGAACAUGUCGCGCAAAUCAUCUUCACCGAUGGCGCCUGCGUUUAUGGUGUCCGCCCCGGGAAAGGUCAUCGUGUUUGGCGAACAUGCUGUCGUGCAUGGAAAGGCCGCCAUGGCUGCCUCGAUCUCCCUGCGAUCCUACCUUCUUGUUACGACCCUCUCCAAGUCACAGCGCACGAUUCAGCUAGUUUUCCCCGACGUUGGCCUCGAUCAUACAUGGAACAUUGACGACCUACCGUGGCACGUCUUCACAAAGCUCGCGCAAAGGCCUCGCUACUAUGACAUGGUCACGUCCCUGGAUCCCGAACUGGUCCAGGCCAUGCAACCUCAUAUCGACGCAGUCUCGACACAUCUGACUGGCGACACGAGGAGAAUACACCAAAAUGCCGCGUCCUCCUUCCUUUACCUGUUUCUCUCUCUAAAUACUCCCACCGCCCCGGCCUGCAUUUACACCCUCCGUUCAACACUCCCAAUUGGCGCCGGACUCGGAUCCAGCGCCAGUAUAUGCGUUUGCAUCAGUGCCGCCCUCCUCAAACAAAUACAUGUGCUGUCAGGGCCACAUCAUGAUCAACCAGAGGAAGAGGUCGAACAACAACUGGAAAGGAUAAACAGGUGGGCGUUUGUGGGAGAAUUAUGUAUCCACGGUAAUCCUAGCGGAGUCGACAAUACUGUCUCGACUCGUGGCAGGGCUGUGCUCUUCAAGAGGGAGGAUUACUCGAAGCCGCCGAAUGCAGAACCACUGAAAAACUUUCCAGAACUUCCUUUGUUAUUGAUCAACACCAAACAACCCCGCUCUACGGCCGUAGAAGUGGCCAAAGUAGCCAGUCUCAAGAAGAAGUAUCCUGGUGUCACGAGGGCUACGUUGGAUGGGAUCGAUCAAGUCACGAUGUCGGCCUACACCUUGAUUACCUCGGAGAACUUUGAUCCAUCAUCCGAACAGAACAUCGAAUAUCUUGGAGACCUUUUUCGUAUCAACCACGGCCUCUUGGUCUCACUCGGGGUUUCUCACCCCAAGCUCGAACAUAUCCGCGAAAUAGUGGAUUAUGCCGAUAUUGGCUGGACCAAACUGACAGGCGCGGGAGGGGGUGGAUGUGCCAUCACUUUACUCAAGCGCAAUGUUGAUGAGGCCGCACUUCGCGAUCUGCAAGAGAAGAUCGAGGCCGCCGGGUUCGAAGAACACAAGACCACCUUGGGUGGUAGUGGCGUGGGGAUUCUUUAUCCUGCGGUCUUGCACAAUGGCACCAAUGAAGAGGGCGGGGAGGAGAUCGACCAGCAAAAGUUUUUGAAUGCCAAAGGGCCGGAAGAUAUUGACGCGCUGGUGGGAGUCGGUCUUCUCGAGAGGAGGCCGGAGUGGAAAUUCUGGCAGUGA